CAGACGUGCAGUGCUCAGGACAGGAUGCUGUGAGGAGACAAGUGAAAGAUUUUAGUUGUCGGAAAUACAACUUGCUGGAAAUGGUAGGAGUCAAGCCAAGUGUGUUGUUGGUGCUGUGCUGGGCUGUAAUAUCGGGAGAAUCCCACAACCUUAUUAAAAACGCCAAGGAACAAAAGGUGGAAGGACAGCUACUCAUUAGUGAGGUGAACACAGACAAUCCAGGACUUGAUACUACUGAGUUUGUGGAACUCUAUCACACCAGCGGACACAAUGUUUCUCUUGAUGGUUAUACCUUGGUCUUCUACAAUGGCAAAACUAACACCGCUUAUAUGGUUCUGAACCUGACCGGACUUUCAACAGAUAAGAACGGGUUCUUCUUAAUCGGCUCACUAAUGGUAAACCCAAGACCUUCCAUCAUUGUCCCAAAGAACACCAUCCAAAAUGGGCCAGACGCCAUUGUCAUCUAUUUUGGAAAUGGUCCUUACAGGGAAAACAUGAAGAUUACUAGGGAUGGCUUGGUGGAUGCCCUGGUCCAUAAAGCUAAAGCCACAGAGCAAGCUGAUAUUUUGCAAACUGUCCUUACGCCUGGGGUCGAAGCCUUUCUGGAAGACUCCAGCUUUCACACAUCUGAUGAGUCUAUCGGGAGGUGCUUGGAAAUCGAUGGCCAGUGGACCUUUCGAAUGACGCAUAUAUCUCCAGGCAGCGAAAACUUCUGCAAAGGCUUCCCAGCCGUGGUCAUAAGUGAGGUGUCUUCUCCUUACGCUCAGUAUCUAUAUGUAGAAAUCCAAGGACCUCCAUCUACGCCUCUGUCUGGACUGGUACUGGCGUUUAUUCGUGGAGAUGACCAAAACGUAUACUAUACAACAGAUAUUAGAGGUUAUACCAACCAAGAGGGAUUCUAUGUCCUUGAGAAUGAGAAAUACAGUAAUCGUGCACAGCAAAGCCUGCCAGAUUCAGUACGUUUGUUCACCAAGGGCGGUGGGGCUGUGGCCCUGUAUUUGGGGAAGACCACUGGAAUUUUGCCAAACACGAGCUUUCCUACAAGUGGUUUAGUGGAUGCCGUGGUGUACGGUGAUUAUGAGGAUAUGGGUCCUCAUCCCCUUCAGGAUUUGACCCUGGACCAUCCCAUCAUAUAUUGGCAUAGCGGAGAUGUUAACAUUUCUGCCAGCCGCUGCAGCGUCACCGUGGGGGAGCCAGCCAUCUUCAUGCUAAGAGGCAACUCUCCUGGCCAAACCAAUGACUGCCCUCCACAAAGCAGCCCUCGUCAUAUCAUGGUGUGCUUCAAGAUAUCCGACUGUUCCCAAUGGACUGGAAAUCAAAUUCUCUUAGACCUUCUGUCUUCCAUGAUCCGCUCCCUGCAAACUCUCUGCAGCUGUAACUUGCCUCUGAACGUCGUCACAGAUGCCAGCCUUUCCUGCCGGUCUGAUUUUCUAACCCUCAACGCCAAGCAAAACACCACAUUGGGAUUACAAGGUGUUGACCUGACUGAAGUUCUCCAUAAAUUUGUGACAUCGGGAAGUUCCCUAACUGUUGGAAACAGAAAUGCCGCGGUCAUGCCAACCUGUUCGCUGCCUACAACUAAUCCAACAAAGCCGCCAGUGGUCGUUACUGAUGCUUCUCCUGCAUCCGGCAGUCCUGGCCUCCUAAUCAGUGAGGUGAACCCAAACACUCCUGGUUCGGCUGAGGACACAGAAUACGUCGAGCUUUAUCACCCCAAGAACACGUCCGUAGGCCUCACUGGCUACUGGCUGGUUUUCUACAACGGGAAAAACAACAUGGCCUAUUACACUUUAGAUCUCAAAGGCUUUCAGACGGACAAGAAUGGCUACUUCUUGGUGGGAAACCCUAGGGUGUCGCCAAAACCUCACGUUACAAUGCCCAUCAACACUUUACAAAAUGGCGCAGACGCGGUGGCUUUGUAUUACCGUCCUCAAAAGCCCUUUAAGAAAAAUAUGGCAGUGACGUCUCAUGGGUUGGUCGAUGCUGUGGUUUAUGUGUCCCAGGUUGGAGACGACGCGGACGGACUAUUGAAGGUUCUUACACCUGGCCAGAAAGCAGUGCACGAGGAUGAAAGGUUCCAUCAGGAAGACGAGUCGUUGAGUCGAUGCUAUGGACUGAUGCCCCUCAACCAAUCCGGAUUCAAGGUUACCAGGCUCACCCCUCUAUCAGAUAAUGAUUGUCAAAGUCCUCUUCCAUCCCACCUUCCGCCUGUGACCCCCGUCCCCCCUGAGACUUCUUCCCCUAGCGCGACCGCGGUGAUCAGCGAGGCAGGAGUGUUAAGCGGUUUUGAGCCGUAUGACUUCAUUGAGCUGAAGGGGACGCCGGGCAGCGAGCUGGAUCGGCUGACGAUGGUUCUGUACGGCGCGGGCGGGAAGGUCUACAACCGGUUUGGCCUAGAAGGCACGAUAGGAGCAAACGGUUACUACCUGAUAAGCAUCAAAGGAAAAAGAGAUCAGCUGCUUCCAUCUCUGUCUCGCCCCGGCCUCUCAGGUCCAGAAGCCUUGGCUCUCUACGCUGGAAGUCCAGAACAUUUUCCUGUGGGGUCAAGCUUGACCAAAAAGGGUCUCUUGGAUGCCAUUGUGUACUCCAUGGAAGAGGAGCCAACGGCUGAAUUCCUGAAGGACUUGGGGAAAGACACCAUCAUUUUAAAUGAAAAACGGUUGGUGUCCGUCAGCCUCUGUCCACAUCCUGGAAAUCUUUCCGCUCCACUUAUGUUACCCGUUACGAUGCCCAGUCCGGGUUCGGCAAACCUGUGCCCCUCCAGUGUCACUCCAAUACGUAUCAACAACUGCAAGGACUCCCAUACAGACUGCUCCAAGUGGGAGAACGUGACGCAGAAGGCACUGGACAGUCUAAAGAACUCAUUAAGCGAAUUCAUGCAACAUGACUGCUCGUGCGCCAUGCCUCCUGCCUACAUACAAGAUAUGAAGAUCACGUGUGUCGAUAGUCGGCUGUCUAUCUCUAGCCAUGUUCUGUCAUCUGUGGAGAACCAACAUCUCGUCCAGAAAUGGAGCCAGGAACACGCCGACCGCCAUUUUACUUUGCAUGGACCUUUCCAGCCUUCGGAGUGUUAUAUCACUGUACCAAGUGAGGACCCGUCCUCAGGAUCCUUACCAGCAGACCAUGUGGCUCUUCUCGUCGUACCAAUCCUUCUGUUGGUCUGUGGCUUGGUUGUACUUGCAUUCUACCUGCAUAAGAGGAGGACCAGGCUUGCUCAGAAUUACACCACCAUAGAAAUGAAUCCACAGACAGAGCUGAUUUCGGACUAACAACCAGAAGAAA